AUGUGGUCUAAUGCGCGUGAAUUAGAGUUUUUGGAAGCCUACCAAAGGGAAUCAAUAUUAUGGAAUCCAAAGGAUGCCAGGUACAAGGAUAAGCAAUUAGUACAUGACGCUUGGUUGCGGAUAAGCAGUGAUUUAGAUAUCCCCGUUGAAGAAUUAAAAAAAAAGCGAGACUCACUGUUGGCUACGUAUCGGAACCACAGAAGGAAAGUUAGAUUAUCCUUGCAAUCCGGAGCUGGUGCUGGAUCUGUUUAUAAACCGUUUUGGUUUGCAUACGACUGUAUGAAUUCAUUCUUGCACGACGCAGUUACCAGCAGAAAAACAUUAAACACAGAUACACAGAAUCUACCAGAACCAGAAUCACCAAUUCAAAGUCGAAUUGAAAGCGAAAGUAUGACUCAAAAUGAAAAUACAGAUCCUAACAGUGAUCAAUCACAAGUUCAGAUUCCUUCGCCAUUGCCGAAAAUACCACGACGUCGAAAAAAUCCUAUUGAACUAGAAGAGGCUGGGAAGACAAUGAGGGAUGAUAUGUCCACACUUAAUACAGUUUUGAAUAAAAAGCAAGUUACAGAAGAUGAUUACGAUCGUUACGGCAAGAUUAUAGCCAAUAAACUCCGUAAAUUUUCCGACACAGAAAGUCUACAAAUAAUGUAUGAAAUAGAUGGGAUAUUUAUUAGGCGAAUAAACAAUGCUGCUAACGCAUCACCCACAUACUACAGCCGUCCCUCACCAUCGCACACACCAUACUCAGAAUCCACCAGACAAAUUCAUACACCUUUAUACUACGCGCGCCCUUCAUCGUCGUGCUCAUCUUACUCAGAAACCACCAGACAAAUUCAUACACCUUUAUACUACGCGCGUCCUUCAUCGUCAUACACAUCUUACUCAGAACCUACAACUUUAUAUACCAAUCAAUCAAGAGUGCAAAUACCAUCCCCAGCUACCACUGAGCCUCCUCUCAUACAUAUUAUAUCAGAUCAGGUCUUGACCCCAGGAACAAUUUCCAAUCAAUCUAAUGAUGAUAUCAUAACUCAGGCAUAUUAUGAUGCUUAA